AUGGGUGGUUCGGAGAUUGGCUUCCUUACUUUUGUAAGGGUUAUAGCAACUAGUAACUUCUGCUUAUCAUUCUUAGCUAUGAAGGGAAAUAAAAUAAAUAAUACUAAUAAUGAUAAUAAUAAUAAAAUAUAUUUUUUCCUCCAUUUCUCUUUCCUGCUUCCCCUCCUCUCCUUUCUUUUUCCUUCCUUCCCUUUCUUCCCUCCCCCUCCCCUUCUCUCCCUGCCGACUGCCCCUUUUUCCCCUUUUCGCCUGCGCGCCGAUCAGGCCGCUGCCGCCACCCAGCUCCCCCCUCCUUUCCUCCCGUUGCUGCGCCGCCCUCUCCUUCCCUUUUCUCCGGCAGCAGCGUCGACCGAAGGAGAAGGAGUUGCCGUUGCCGUAUCGGCCUCCUGUCGGCGUCCUUUCGGCCAUCCAACGUCGGAUUCGGGUUCCUCACCCCAAAAACCCCCGGAACAAGUCUCCCCCGCCAAUUUCCUCCACCGGCAGCCUCGAAGGAGAUUCACCGGAGCGGCCCUGAUCCGGUGCCUUCCUGCGAGUUUUCGGCCGAAACUCUCAUGUUUUCGGACUCCCUGCAACUUGAGCUUCCCCGUAGGCACUUUCAUAUUUGAAUUCCGACACCGUUGGCAGGACCGGCUUCCGGACCCUGGUGUUUUCUGGACGUGCGAAAUAUUGAAAUUUCGAUUCGAUAAUCCGUCCAUCCCACCACCUUCACCCGAGGCAAAGGAGCAGACUGCGGAGUGCGACGGAACUGUGACAGUUAGAGUUCUUCGCCAUCUUGUAUUUUGACAACCCGACUUCUUUCUUCAUCGGGCUUAUUAUAAAUAAUCUAUAUUUUCAUAUUCUUAGUUAUUUUAUAUUCUAGACCUUCCGCAAUAGUAUUUUUGAUUUGUUAUGAUUAUUCUGGUCCAUAAUGGAUGUGAAAUGUUAUCAAAGACCAGUUAGAUUUGUGUAUGACAUGUCAGACAUGAUUAAUAUUAUAUUUUUCA